AUGUCGGACUUCGACGAGUUCGAGCGGCAGCUCAACGAGAAUAAGCAAGAACGGGACAAGGAGAACCGGCACCGCAAGCGUAGCCACAGCCGCUCGCGAAGCCGGGACCGCAAGCGCCGGAGCCGGAGCCGUGAUCGGCGCAACCGGGACCAGCGGAGUGCCUCCAGGGACAGGCGGCGACGAAGCAAACCUUUGACCAGAGGCGCUAAAGAGGAGCACGGUGGAUUGAUUCGUUCCCCCCGCCAUGAGAAGAAGAAGAAGGUCCGUAAAUAUUGGGAUGUCCCCCCGCCUGGCUUCGAGCACAUCACCCCCAUGCAGUACAAGGCCAUGCAAGCGGCGGGUCAGAUUCCAGCCACCGCCCUCCUUCCCACCAUGACCCCUGAUGGCCUGGCUGUGACCCCGACGCCGGUGCCCGUGGUCGGGAGCCAGAUGACCAGACAGGCCCGGCGCCUCUACGUGGGGAACAUCCCCUUUGGCAUCACUGAGGAGGCCAUGAUGGAUUUCUUCAACGCCCAGAUGCGCCUUGGGGGUCUGACCCAGGCUCCUGGCAACCCCGUCUUGGCUGUGCAGAUUAACCAGGACAAGAACUUUGCUUUCUUGGAGUUCCGCUCAGUGGAUGAGACCACCCAGGCCAUGGCCUUUGAUGGCAUCAUCUUCCAGGGCCAGUCGCUGAAGAUCCGUAGGCCUCAUGACUACCAACCCCUGCCUGGCAUGUCGGAGAACCCCUCUGUCUACGUCCCUGGAGUUGUGUCCACCGUGGUCCCGGACUCUGCCCACAAGCUGUUCAUCGGGGGCUUACCCAAUUACCUGAACGACGACCAGGUCAAAGAGCUGCUGACGUCGUUUGGGCCUCUCAAGGCCUUCAACCUGGUCAAGGACAGCGCCACAGGGCUCUCCAAGGGCUACGCCUUCUGUGAGUACGUGGACAUCAACGUUACGGAUCAGGCUAUUGCGGGGCUGAAUGGGAUGCAGCUGGGAGAUAAGAAAUUGCUCGUGCAGAGGGCAAGUGUGGGAGCCAAGAAUGCCACGCUGGUGAGCCCCCCGAGCACCAUCAACCAGACCCCCGUGACCCUGCAAGUGCCGGGCCUCAUGAGCUCCCAGGUACAGAUGGGCGGCCACCCAACGGAGGUCCUGUGCCUCAUGAACAUGGUGCUGCCCGAGGAGCUGCUAGACGAUGAGGAGUAUGAGGAGAUUGUGGAGGAUGUGCGAGAUGAGUGCAGCAAGUAUGGGCUUGUCAAGUCCAUUGAGAUCCCCCGGCCUGUGGAUGGCGUCGAGGUGCCCGGCUGUGGAAAGAUCUUCGUGGAGUUCACCUCUGUGUUUGACUGCCAGAAAGCCAUGCAGGGCCUGACCGGUCGCAAGUUCGCCAACAGAGUGGUUGUCACAAAAUACUGUGACCCCGACUCUUACCACCGCCGGGACUUCUGGUAGAGGUGGAGGGGGAGGGUGGGGGAAGGGCUGGCUGGGGGUGUCUCCCCCUCCACCCCCCCUUUUCCCCCUCUGAAGAAGAUGGGCAGAGGAGUGACAGCCGAACGACAGCCGACAGCCGGCAGCAACUGGAAUGGCAGCGAUCGGGGCGGGGAGGGCAAUGGGGAAGUGUGCGCACAGGCCCACACACAUGCACCCACAGACACAGAGGGAAGGGGGGCGGGGAGGGGGUGCACAGCAGGGCGGGUAGGACCCCCAUGGCCCCUCCCCAGAACAGCCUCUCCUCCCUCUCCUACCCGCCCCCGUCCCCACUGUAGAAACAUAAGUGUGUUUAUAUUUUAUGGCCAAACUAUUUUGAAUUCUGUUGUCCACACUCCCCCGUGCCCUGCCUUAUCCCUCCAGGACCACAGCUCCCGUCCUCCUGGCCUCCGGUCCUACCCCCGUGCGCCCCCCCCCCCUCCUGUGCCCUCCCUGGUUUCUUACGUAGUUGACUCUCCUCUCUAGUCUCCCUGACCUGCGGCCCCCGUUUCCUCUCUGUGGCAGUUUCAUAUUUGCUAAGACGAAUUUGCUCAUUAAACAUUUUGUUGUAUUUUA